AUCUCUCUCUCUCUCUCUCUCUCUCUCUCUCUCUCUCUCUCUGUGCCUGCGGUGUUGUUGCUGAAGUUGUCGAGCGUUCCAUUCGCACGCGGCCCAAGAAGGAAGCAGAUUUGUUUGCAUGAAACUUUCUCGGCAGCUGUGGUUAGCACUCCCUUUGUACCAUAGGGUUUCCCUGUUGUCCUGAGAGGAUCAGCGCGGUUUGUUGGUGGUUAUUGCUCUUCAUGCAUGCCUAACUGAGUCUUGCAUGUGGUUGACACAAGAUCACGAUGUCAAGCUACAAGCGAGACCUCAUUUCACAAGUGAGGCAGCUCAUCAAGGGUGGCAUAAUUAGGAAGCCAAAAUGGUUUGAAGCAGCAUGCAGAGUGCCGCCAGCAGGCACGCCACGUCGCGUAAAGAAGGUUGAGAAAAUACGCCUGCCUGAGGAUCCACUGGUCACCUCUUUCUAUGCUCGUCACCCUGAGGCACGCUUCACUCCAUACAAGCUCAAUAGUUUUGAACCGCCAAUUGCACGGCGCUUCGCUUGGCGACAGAUGGAGUUGAUGAGAGAAGGUUACUCGCAGAGAGAAGCAAGAGACCAAGUUGAGCUGGAGUUUGAAGAGCAGAAGCGAAGGGAACAAAAGGAGUAUGAGGCCAAGCGACUAAGGGCAAUACGGAUGGGGCUUGAGGUGCCACCGAGAAAGAAGACUAUACUGGAGGAGGUGCAGGAAGAGGAGAGGAGGGCCAUAAUUGAGGGGUUCCGGAAACAGACCGAAGUGCAUGUGCGGGGCUUCGAUGUUAUGAGGCAAACUUCAAAAUGACAUGUAAACUAGAGUGGAAGCAGAGAUAAACCCACCCAGUAACCAACUUCACAAGCACAUGACUUGCCACACACCCAUGGUGUCACUCGGUUGCACGACACAGUCCUCUCGCGCACACCGCAACCCUUGCUAGUUUUUUUUGUUUUUCCCCCCCCCCCUUAAUAAUUUCACCUUCUGUUGAUUCCUAAACAGCAGGAAAUCCAGUCUUCUUCUUCUUCUUCUUCCUCCUCCUCCUCCUCGCUCUUGUUCUUCUUCUUUUCCGCCUACCCUUCAUAACACAAAAGGAAAUUUGCAAAGUACUGUGCCAUCAAUGCGAUGCGCGUAUUCUUUGGUUGCUUCUUGAUCUUUCCUAAAUUGGUAAUGACUGUUGUCAUGCACAUUUUGCCUUGUGUUUUCUCAAACAACAUAUUAAUCUUUAUCGAGUGGGAAUUCGGGGCAGCACGUCUCACCCGUCGUUUUUUUGUUCUUCUGCGCUUCAUUGAAAGUUUGUAAACUACUUCUUCUUCUUCUUCUUCUUCUUCUUCUUCUUCUUCUUCUUCUUCUUCUUCUUCUUCUUCUCCCUCUUCUUCUUCUUCUUCUUCUUCAGGCGGCAAUGUUCGGCAAGCGUCAGAAACCAAACCUGCAUUCUCCCUCUUCUUCUUCUUCUUCUGCAAGCGGCAAUCUUCGGCAAGUGUCAGAAACUAAACCUGCAUUCUCUCAAUGUGCACCUUUCCUUUAAGGGGGAUCAUUUCUUUGCUUCCAUGGCCCAUGUACCAUGUAUUAGACCCCAACUGGAUUUUUUCAGGAACUUCAACCCUAGACGCUACUUUUGCUUGCCGGUAGAAUUGUCGAAACUUUCUUUCCUAAAUUUCACCCCCCUUCGAGAUCUGUAAAUGACAUGUGAGGCUCAAGGCUUCGCUUGAACCGAUUC